GAUAAAUAUAAACGAAAACUGUAUCUUGAUUCACUUAGCACGAGAGCUUCAGUAGUUAGAAACAUGAUUAUCAAGUCUCUGCUGAUACUCCUGUUUGCAACCUUAGCGUUUUCUGCAGACCAUGGUACUUUCAAAGACUGUGCCAGAGUAGAAUUUUGCACUAACUUGAGGACCAGAACACCCUCUGAUGACUAUUCAGUAGAUUCAGGAAGCGUCUCAGCGUCCACUGAUUCAAACACCUUAACGGCAACCUUAAAAUCCAACAACGGAGGCUCAGACUUAACGCUUACGCUAUCAGGGCUUCAACAGAACACCUUCCGAGUCAAAAUCACGGAAGUUGAUUCAACGAGAUACGAGCUUCAGGAUGUUCUUGACGGGGAACCCGGGGGCCUCAAUUUCGAUGACGUCCAAAUCGUAGACAAUUCAGUAACUGUAAGCACAGCCUCUGGCUCAAACUCUGCUAGGGUAACAUUUUCCCCUUUCAACAUCGAGUUUGCUAAAGAUGGAGUCACAGAAGUUGUUUUGAACGGAGAUCGUCUAACAAUAGCAAACAACGACGUCACCGCUCCAUUCAGUUUUGGUGCUACGUUCCCUGAAGGCCGCCAACUCUUCGGUGUUCACGAGCACUGCGAUAACGUCGCUUUGCAAAAUACGGGUCCUGGAGGUACCGAUCCGUACCGUUUGAAGAACUCCGAUGUAGCUUAUUACGAGCUGAACUCUCCGAUGGCACUCUAUGGCGCGGUUCCUGUCGUCUAUGGACAAGGAUAUGGGGUUUGAAAAGGUAGAUAAAAAUACAUGUGGUGUUGUAGACCUACAGCUACUGCUGGAGUCUUUUUGCAUAACGCCGCAGAACAAUGGAUUGAAACUACCAAUAAUCAAGACGGCGGAAGUCAGGCGUACUUCAUGGCGGAAAUUGGUACUCUGGACGUUUUUGUUUUGUUAGGGCCUAGUCCUACCGAAGUGGUGCGACAAUACACGAAGUUGACCGGUACCGCGCAUUUGCCGCAGCUAUGGGCUUUAGGGUACCACCAGUCGCGAUAUAGUUACGAAACCCAGGAUGACGCUAAAGACGUGGUUUCUAAUUUUGAUAGCAAUAACUUCCAAUUGGAUGCUCUUUGGUUAGAUAUUGAUUAUACUGAUGCGUUUAAGUACUUUACGUGGAACCCGAGUACGUACAGUGAUCCGGUGGGGUUGCAAGACACCUUAGCUAGUACUAACAAGAAGUUGGUCACUAUUAUUGAUCCUCAUAUUAAAGCUGAAGACGGAUAUAGUGUGUACGACGGGGCUUUGGCAAAUGAUCUCUUCGUAAAAAACGCAGACGGGUCCGUCUUCCAAGGACCAUGUUGGCCGGGUACUAGCAGCUACAUGGACUUUUUAAAUCCAGCGGCUAGGGACUACUACGGGAGCAUGUAUUCGUACGACAACUUCCCAGGUUCGACACCUACUCUCGCUGGUAUUUGGAAUGACAUGAAUGAACCAUCAGUUUUCGACAAUUCACUUGAAAUGACACUUCCUGCUGAUGGUCUUCACAUUGGUAACGUCAGACACAGAGAAAUCCACAACAUAUACGGUUUACUACACACAAUCGCCACCCAUCAAGGUCUCCUGGCCCGUGACAAUGGCGAACGACGACCUUUCGUUCUGACCAGGUCACAUUUUGCCGGUUCCCAAAAGUACACUGCGUUUUGGACCGGAGAUAAUACAGCGGAUUGGCCCUACCUUCAUGCCGCCCUCCAAGAAUGUCUAAAUGCAAAUAUCUUAGGUCUUGUAUUCUGUGGUGCAGACGUCGGUGGCUUCUUCAAUAAUCCUAGCAACGAACUAAUGGAAAGGUGGUACCAAGCGGGUGCUUGGCUUCCAUUUUACAGAGCUCAUUCAAGUAAAGACACGAACAGACGUGAACCGUAUCUGCUGCCUGAAGAUUCGCAAGCUGUGAUACGUGAAGCUAUUGAGACGAGGUACAAGCAUCUACCAGUUUGGUACACUCUUUUCUAUGAACAUACGCGUACCGGUGAUCCAAUAAUCAGGCCUUUGUUCUAUCAAUACCCUGAAGAGACUGAUGCCUACAAUAUUGAUAGUCAACUUUUAGUUGGUGCUGAUAUCUUAGUACGUGCGGUUUAUGAUGCUGGUGCUACCGAGGUAGAUGUGUAUUUCCCCGGUGGUGAAAAUGAAGUAUGGGUUUCUGUUACCAGUGAUGAUGUUCAAGCGGGAGCUGGUCUUGUCACUGUUCCUGUUACUAGAGAAAAUUCUCCGACGUAUUAUAGAAGGGGUGCUGUAAUAGCACGAAAGGAUACAGUGAGACCAAAUACGGUUGAAAUGGCGGACGAUUCUCAUACUCUCUACUACACUGCCAACGAAGAUAAUACUGCUCAUGGUACUGUCUAUCUAGAUGACGGUGUCAGUUUCAAAUACCGAGAUGAGUCUGAUUUCAAAUACAUAAGUAUUGAUGUUGAUGGCGACAACGUUUCUUUCACAACAAUCGAUGGAACCGGUGAUUACGAGUUUGUUGUGGACACGAUUGUACGCAGAGACAUUGUAAGCCUUCCCAAGGGUGGCAAUCCUGGAUCUUAUAAAGAAACUGUGUUCAGCAGAGAUGCCAAUGGAGAACUUUUAAAAAAUAUUAAGAUUGGUUCGAAAGGAAAUGUAUCUUUAAAGCUGAAGUACUAAAACAAAUUAUUGUUUUUUUCUGCUGCUGCAUGCACUUAUAAUAAUAAACAGUUAUAUUAAAAAA